CAUUUCGGCUAUUCAGCGCGCGCAGCAGUAUACGAGCUUCGCGCGCCUUCCUUUUCUUCGUCUUUUUUUUGUUUCUCAAUUCUUUGGAUGCAGCUUCACAUACAUCAGCGAGUUUAAUCAUUCGACAAUAUAUUCUAACCCAUAUAUACGGAAACGGGUUUUCUGCUCUGUCACGAGAUAUAUUUCUCCGUUGGGUCAUGAUAAACGCAAAGUGCAUGAUCCGUCCGUCAAAAUGGACGCUUUGAAGAAGGUUAUUCUUAUAAUCUUGGCGAUAUCCUUUAUGGUAUUUGUGACAUUUUUCGGUAGACUACCAGCUCUAAGGAAAACACCCAUCGCUUGGUUAUAUCGACUGAUAUGGAUUCAUUUCCCCAACCUGGUGACCAGUGUCGACCAGAAGCUCACCUCUGGGAGAGUAACCGGAUCACUUGUAUGGUUAUUCAAUCGUCUCAUGUAUGAUCGUCAUCCCACGAUCGUGAUCUUCUUCAUUUUGAUCAUGACCGUCUCCGAGUACUUGUAUCUUCCUCAGAUCUGGCCCAAGAUCAGCCUCUUCACCAAGUCCACCGUUCUCGUCACAGUCGUCGUGCCGUACGUGUUGCUUUACCUCGCUUGCGCCGCAGAUCCAGGCUACAUCACUCGUGAGAAUCAUGCCUACCACAUGUCUCUCUACCCCUACGACCACGCUCUCUUUCACCCCGGCAACGAAUGCCGCACCUGUCGGUUCAUCAAACCUCCACGGUCUAAGCACUGCGAUAUAUGUAAGCGCUGCAUCGCCAGGGCCGAUCACCACUGCGUUUUCAUCAACUCUUGUGUCGGGUACGGUAACCACCACUGGUUCCUUCUCCUCCUUUUGUCGGAAUGUGUCUUGAGCACUUACGGUGGCGUCCUCGGGCUCUUCAUCCUAAAGGCGAAAAUCAAGGCAAUGUACCCGAUGUGGUCUCUCUGGCCUCCCAAAGAAAUGGACUGGAACAAGUACCUUGGCAUCUGGGGCGUGGGUCUCCACGGCGAUAUCCGCGUUGGUGCUUCCACUCUCCUUGCGAUCCUCAUAUCUCCUCUGAUUUGGGGUCUUACCCUCUAUACCAUCUUCCUCAUCUACUGCGGCACCACGACCAACGAGUCGAUGAAGUGGACCGAUCUCAAGGAAGAUAUGCGCGAUGGCUACGCCUUUCGCCGCCCUUUGGCCCCCAGUCGACUUCUGAGCAAGCAAUGGGAGCCUCCGACUCCUCGGUGGCCCUCUUCUCCGGAGUCCAUCAUCAUGACGACCCUGGACGGACAACCACCGAACAUUGAAAAGAGAUUUCCCGGCGAGGGCCCGUGGGAACAUGUAUGGGACUUGAAAGAUGUCGAAAACAUAUAUGACCUCGGCUUCUGGCACAACAUGGGCGAUCUGUUCGUAUCCAACUACGAGCCUGGCGUAGAAGCAAGUGAGCCUCUUGCUGAGCGCCGGCCGCGAGGGAGGAGUAUAUCUACAAAGCUUGGACGCCCUCAGUGAAUAAAUAUGUAUGCUACAUAUGCACACACCCACCAUUUUAGAUGUAUUUAGCAAUAGCUUCACAAGAAAAAAUCAUAACUCUUGGGGA